AUAAGUAGAAAUGAAAAGGUUGCUAAUAUUGUCGUUCAGACAUUUAAUGGAUUUAAUUGUUAAAUUGGAAAACAUCUGCUCGCUUUUUCCCCUUACCUCUCCCUCUGUGCGAUGGUUCGGUCUCACCACACAGAUUUCAUUCAUAAAAUUCCAGCUCACUAUAAAAGGCGGGCCUCUCCACUAUCUGCACAGUUACCAUUUAUGAACCCGGCAAAUGGAAUAUAAGUAGGGGUUCAGGCGUCCGUUUUCUACUUAGAUUAGAUAGACAUUUCUAUCUUUUUAUGCAGAGAUUUUUUUAAGACGACAACAUGCAUUCAGACUCCAGCACUGAGUUCGACUCAUCGUCCAGCUGUAGCACAGCAUCGCCUGGCGGGGACACCCCUGGGUGCAGCCAGCAUCCUCCUGACUCGCUUUCAUCAUCAGUGGACAGCGCCAAGGAGACCAGUGCAGCAGCAGCAGACUCCUUUGUUCCGACUGUGACUGCAAUCUCAACCUCGCCGGAUCUAAGGUGGAUGGUGCAGCCGACAGUCAUCACAUCUGUCUCCCCGGCGUCCGGCCGCGCUAAGACCAAAACUCGCGGCGGCUCGACCCAGUCGUCUUCCCCGCCAGGUGCAAACAAGGCAAAGCCCUCCAACAGGAAAGGGCUAAAAGACAAGCCUUCCAAAGAGGAGGAGGAGAGGAGGAGGAUCAGGAGGGAGAGGAACAAAAUUGCUGCAGCAAAGUGUCGUAACAGACGAAGGGAGCUGAUAGACACUCUGCAAGCUGAGACGGACACGCUUGAAGAUGAGAAGUCUGCCCUCCAGACGGAGAUAGCCGACUUGUUGAAGGAGAAGGAGAGGCUGGAGCAGGUUUUAGCGACCCACAAGCCAUCCUGCAAGUUCCCCGCGAAUGAUGCUGAUGAUAAUGAUGCUGAUGAGGAGGAGGAUGAUAAUGAAGAUGACGUUGACACAAUGCUGCAGGAUCCUCCGGCCUCCCCACAGCUGCUGUCCAUCUUAGAGAAUGUAAAAACCCCAGAGAGCAACACAAACAUCGGAGAAGCCUCCAUUGGUCAAGACAUGGACGAUGACUCUUGCAUCCCUGCUGCAGCCAUUUUGGGGAACUCCAACAUCCUCCUGUGUUCAAGUGCAGAGGAGGAGGCUCUGGAGGACUUGAAAGGAGAUGACCUGGAUGACUUGGUGCCCAGCUUAGAGAUGGCAGUGACUCCAGAGAUGGCUGCAUCCGUCCCCGACAUCGAUCUGAGCGGCCCCUUCUGCCUCUCAGACUGGGAAACCCUGUACAAGUCGGUGGCAAACGACCUUGAAUCUUUGAGCACGCCAGUCAUGUCUUCCAGUCCCACUUGUAGCAAUUACCGCACAGUGUUUUCCUUUAAUUACUCUGAGAUUGAUUCCUUGGCUGAGGGCUUCGAGAGCCUCAAAGGCAGCCUUGGUGCGUCUGAGUUAAUGAAAGAUAGUCUUAACUCUCCAACACUUCUGGCCUUGUGAAUGCAAAGAAGUUAUGCAAAUGAUACUGUAAUUGUAUUCUAACCAGCCAGCAAGCUAUGAUCUCUCUCAAAAACAAUGUUUUGUAGCGUGUGUUUUGAUGUUGUGUAAAUCAAACAUCGGAGGUUGUGUACAUGACAUGUUUUCUGUGACUGUAACAGGGUUGACUUCUUCCACACUCCUGGUGCAAUUCUCUGAGGUGUGACUUUGCGCUGGUGACAAAAAUGCAUGCAAAUACAAGUUAUCCGUGAUCCAAGAAGAGGUGGUAUCUUGUGUUUUUUAAAUGUGAUGUGAAGUUAGAUCAUGCUCAAUAGCCUAAUGUAUGUGUAAUACUGUUGAUAAAGUUGUGUUGUAGCAAGUGAAAAUAGCAGGGUUACUAAUGUGUAGUGUAUAGGUGUCACAUCUUGCUGUAAGGUGUCCCCUAUCAUGGCAUUUCCUUUCAUGUUUUUCCAUUAAAAAAAGAUCAUGUCAUGUAUUUUAUCAAGAUGUAUUUUAUGACAUAGUUUAUUUUUUUACUUAUCAAAAAUGAUCAGAUGCAAAAAUAUUAUAACGCUGGAAAUAAAAUAAGACAACCACGUGAUGUGUUGCUGUUGUUAUUACUCUGUCAGGAAUAUUCACUUCAAUAAACAGUCUCACCAUAGGGUCCAUUCACUGGCUGUUCUGGAGUUUUCUGUCAUAUCACAUGAUCUCCAUCAGCAGACAGAGUUUGCUCAGUCGUAAUGGAAUGGCAGAUGUUCAGAUUUCCUUAAGGGCUUCUUGUCUCUAAAGUGUCUCAACUGGUUCUCAGCUUGUCACUUCAUCUGCUGAUGAACACCAUGUAACAUGAUAGAUGGCUCCAAAACUGUGUUUUCCCAGUUUGAGAAUUCAUUUUGAACCUCUGAUUUAAAAAAAAAGGAAAAUCAAUUAAAAUUCCAUGACAAUUGAAUGAAUACAUUUUUCAAAAAAGAUCAUAAGAUAUUGACCAAAAGCUCCAGAACAGCUCCUAAAUGGAUCUUGUAGUAAGACUUGACAGUUGUUUGGCCCUUAUUUUUUUGUCCAUGGUUGUUUGACCUCUUUUUGUAGGCAUUUUGCAUCUAUUUGUCAUUAUUUAUG